CCAAGAUAGAUCUAUCCGAGAGAGAGAGAGAAGAGACACACAUUCACUCCCUUUUUUGACUUUCACUUUUUUAAAAAGGUGAAAAGCUGUUUUUGUCUCUUCUUUCCCUCCGGCGUCAACGGCGGAUCCGUCGUGUUAUAACCGUCAACGAUGUCAUUCACUUCGCCGGAAUUCGAUUACAGAUUUGGUUUCUCAACGAUCGGGGAGCAUAGUUUCGCGGAUGUGGAUAACCUGGAGCACUGUGUGAAGUACUUGAACCAGAGCUUAGUCACUUACGGAUUCUCUGCUUCGCUCGACCUCUUCGCUACCGAUCCUGUUUCGAUCGCGAGGACUUGUAAUUGCAUAUACGCUUUGAUUCAGCAGAGGCAGCGAGAUGUGGAGUUCAGAGAAUCUACUAAUGAUCAGAGACAACGACUUUUAUCUGACAUGGCGAGACUGGAGGCGAAAGUUGAGAGGCUUGAGAAUCAAUUGCAAUCCAAGGAGAGGGAACUUGGUUCUGUCACAAGAACGGAAGCCAAAAACACAGCCGCUUUAAAGGCGCAGAACGAGAAGCUACAGAAAGAGAGAGAUGAGUUUCAGCGGAUGGUCAUUGCUAACCAGCAAGUCAAGACUCAACAAUUACAUGAAACAAAGAAGAAAGAAAAAGAGUACAUAAAGCUACAGGAGAGGUUAAACCAAGUGUUGAUGGAGAAAAAGAAGGAAACAAGAUCAGGCAUGGAGAUCAUGAAUCUACUCCAGAAAGAAGGGAGACAACGUGGAACAUGGAGCGGGAAGAAAACUGAUUCUGAUUUCUACAAAAAGAUUGUAGAUGCAUAUGAGGCGAAAAAUCAAGAACUCGUGGCAGAGAACACUGACUUGAGGGCCCUACUGCGAUCCACGCAGGGAGACAUGCGUUCCUUUUUGAAUGCUAGAAGACAGAGCUUUGACCCGUCUCAGUCUCCUUUGGGCGGGAAGACGGAUGUUUUCGACCUACCUUUUCGUAUGGCUCGAGGUCAGAUAGAAGAUAGUUUACGCACUAAGAUGGUUUCCAUUAAGGAGCGCAUGGGUCAGUUAGUAGACGCACAAAAAGAAGUAACAAUUACUUCAGAAGCGUCAGAGAGGGAGCUUGAACUUGAAGCGCAACUAGUUGAGGCACGAAGUAUAAUUCAAGAACAGGAAUCUAUAAUGUCUAAGCAUUUGCCAAAGACAGACCGGAGAAGAAACUCAGCUCCUCAUCCACAGUCUCUCAGUGGACUUCGUGGCUGACUUAGAUUGUGAAUCUUUCAGGUGCAAAAAUAUCAAAUCUUUUAACAAGGAGAUGUCUCAUGUCUUUUUCUAAUCAAGUUACUGGAGAGUUUAUAUGAAUUAUGCAUGAAUGUGGAUUCGUAUUUGUAACAUUGUACAGAAGAACAUCUCGGGUGUUUAUUUUUGGAGAUAGUUACAUAAUAAGACUUUUGGUUUUUACGUA